AAGGGGCGUGGCUUGACCACUCUCAGGCAAAAUUUGCGGCCGAGGCGCUCGACUGAGGAAAGGCGGGGAUGGCAGCGAAGCGGCGGCUGGUCCUGUUCGACCUCGGCGGGGUGCUGCUGGGGUCCGGCGCGCAAGGAUUCCGCCGGCGCUUCGAGGAGCCGCUGCAGGGCCUUCCUGGUGAUUUCUACCGAAAAGUCAUCUUGCAUGGUGGCAUCGAUGGACCUUUCUCUAGAGCGAUGACGGGUCAGAUCGGCCUAACCCAGCUUAUUUCCGAGCUUGAAGAAGACUCCAAAAAAGUUGCGGCUGCCUCUGGAAGCUCCCUCCCCGAGACGUUCUCAGUGGACCGGUUAUUUCGGGAGUUGUGGGAAGGAGAGGUCUUCAACAGCCCUCUUCUGAAGGCCGCUCUGGCUCUCAAGAACAAGGGUUUCAAGAUUGCUGUUCUGACAAACAACUGGAUUGAUGAUACCCCCUACAGACACCAGACGGGGCUUGCCUUAUGUCUGUUGCGGAGAUAUUUUGACAGGGUGAUUGAGUCCUGUCGCCUUGGACUGCAAAAACCAGAUCCUAGGAUUUAUGAGUAUGUGCUGAAUGAGCUGAAAGCAAAGCCAGAGGAGGUUAUUUUCUUGGAUGAUGUUGGUGAAAACUUGAAACCUGCUCGGGAGAUGGGAAUCGCCACCAUCCUGGUACGAAAUCCUGAAUCUGCCCUGAAGGAGCUGCAAGAUCUGACGGGGGUUCAGCUUCUCGACCAAGAAGAAAACCUUCCGCCAGCAUGCGAACCAGAGAAUGUGGCUCACGGCUAUGUGACCAUCAAGCCUCAAACCCAGUUGCACUUUGUGGAGAUGGGUAGUGGUCCAGUCAUUUGCCUCUGUCAUGGCUUCCCUGAGACCUGGCUUUCUUGGCGAUAUCAGAUUCCGGCACUGGCUGAUGCUGGUUUUCGUGUCAUUGCCUUGGAAAUGAAAGGCUUCGGAGAUUCCACAGCUCCACCAGAUAUAAAAGAAUAUUCCCAGGAAGAAAUAUGCAAGGAUUUGGUGAUCUUCUUGGACAAAAUGGGCAUCUCUCAGGCUACUUUCAUUGGUCAUGACUGGGGUGGAGCCACUGUUUGGAGCAUGGCUCUCUUCUACCCAGAGCGAGUCAAGGCAGUGGCCAGCCUAAAUACACCCUUCAAACCUGCAAACCCUGAGAUAGAUGUGAUGAAGUUGCUUGAAUCGAAUCCUAUCUUUGAUUACCAGCUCUACUUCCAGGAGCCGGGCGUUGCAGAGGCUGAACUGGAGAAGGACGUGAGUAGGUUCCUGAAGACCAUGGUGCGAUCAACUAGGAGAGAGGACCGGAUGGAGGGCGCUUUCCUUGACAUCAGGAACGUACGGGCACGAGGAGGUUUGCUAGUAGGACUUCCUGAAGACCCACCACCAAGUUCUCUCCUGCCAGAGCCUGUGCUCCAGUACUACGUCCAGCAGUUUCAAAAAUCUGGAUUAAGGGGGCCAGUGAACUGGUACCGAAACAUGGAGGCAAACUGGCGCUGGAACGCUUCUGCCUGGGGCAGAAAGAUCAGAGUCCCUGCGCUGAUGGUUACUGCCGGGAAGGAUGUUGUUCUCCACCCAAGGAUGAGCAAAGACAUGGAGGAACAGAUUCCACAGCUCAGCCGUGGCCACAUUGAAGAGUGUGGACACUUCACUCAAAUGGAGAGGCCUGCAGCUGUGAAUAAAAUCCUCAUCGAGUGGCUGGAGGGGAUUCACAAGAACGCAUUGCUGCAAACCAUCGCCAAGCUGUGAGCAAGACUUCGGGAACUGUUCUGACUCAGUCGCCGUCAGUUGCUUUGGAGAAGUCGGUGGGGGGCUCAUAGAGAAUUAGUUGCAGAACCCCCUCAAUGCUUUCCUAUUGAUAGCACUCAGAAAUAGGAUGCUUUGGAAGGAAUUUGUUGCUACCAACUGAAAGCAGGUUAUGAAUCUUGCUUUAAUAGCUAACAGCAAACGCUGAACACACUCAAAACACUGUUUUUCAACUCUUAUCAUUUUGGCUCUCCAAAAGGAGACACCCUUCUUGUGUUUUGUUCUUGCAUACUUCCAAGCAAGAACAAAUGCUUUCAAAAGUUUUCUCCCUGCCAGGAGAGACCGUGAGAGUUUUUGACCAUUUUCCAAUGAUUUCAAUGAUUUCUCGCUCAUCAGGACUUCUCUGUGAAAAGAAAAAAAGACAGAAACAUUUUUGCAAAGAAAACAAAUAGUACAGAAAAUGCACUCUCAUUAGGGGCAAAAAUGUGUGGGGUUUUUUGUGUGUGUGAAAAGGCAAACUUUUGCACCAUUUUUUCACAAAGACGUUGAAAAAGAAAAAAGAAAUCACAACAGUUGGUCAUUUUCUUACUGAGGGAUCUUAACGUGAUGAAGACAAGAACAUUUGCAAUAUUUCUUUAUAUCCCUAACUCUUGUGAAAUAGGCAAAAGGGAAGCCUGAGAAAGAGAUGUCAAGAAACCCAUCCACCCACACACACCCCAAAAUUAGAAUUGCCUGGUUGUGACACUGUGUUGCUGGUUCAACACACCAUGCUCUAUUGAAUUAGGAUGAGACUAACCGAAAUAAAGAAGUUGGCAGCAUGAGCUUUCGUAGGCUUCAGUCUACUUCCUCAGAUGCAUAUAUCUUUGCAUUCUACCAUUAUUGAAGUAGGAAGAAAUGAUGAACUGAAGCUGUCCUUAUGUGCUUGGCUUCAGAAACAACUUCCUUGUUUAAGGCUGCAUCUGCACUGCAAAAUUAAUGCAGCUUGAUACAACUUUAAUUGCCAUGGCUCCAUACUAUGAAGUUCUGGGAUUUGUAAUUUUGUGAGAAAUAGCCUUCUUUGUUAGAGAAACUCUGAUGUCCCAACAAAUUACAGAUCCUAGGAUUCCAUUAGAUGGAGCCAUGGCACUUAAAGCGGUGUCAAACUACAUUAUUUCUGCAGUGCAGAUGCAGCCUUUGAGUGAAGAAUCAUGGUCUGCAGUCCUCAUCCCUUGGGAGCACAUAAACCUCAGUGUCCUGGUUCUGAUGGUGCAGGGAAACUAGCUUAAGCAAACCCAGGAAGUCUCCUCUGAAGCUAUGCACAGAUGAAGGAGGGGCAACACUCAAGAUUCUUGCUUCUUCCAGAUCCAGCCAACCAUGGUUUAAUAUCUGGGGUGGCCUUAUUUUUCUAACCCAUGCUAUUCCGUUGUAUAUUGAUGGACUUUCUACUCCCAUGAGUGGUUUACAGCUUUUUUCUAACUUCAUUGUUCCAUCUGCUGCCUCCUUAUGCUCAAUAGCAUUUGCUAAUAUUCGCUCAUUAAUAGAAUUUGCUGAUACAUUUCUGGUUUCCUUUUGGCGGAUUUGAUUAAUCUGUUCUCUCUAGGAAACUCUAGGUCCUCUGGCUUGGUUUUAUUGUCGACUUCCCCCAGAGGUUGACCAUAGAGUCAUGCUGAAGGACCUAGAGAUUCCUAGAAAAUUACUGUCUCAGGUUAAAAAAAAAUGGCACUUGUUAUUUUUAUGUAAAGUUAGUUUUCCCAUUUUUACAGGGGUCUUGCGCCCCUAACCCCCAUGAAAGUGGAACGUGACUGUAUUGUCUCAGUAUUUGCUAAUAGGAGCUUAAUAUUACAGCAGCUCAAUAUGAGUGAGGGGAUUCUGAGCCUUGUAGUCCAAAUGAAUAACUUUUCCAAGCUCUGGUACAGACAGUUGGCAUUGGAGGCCAAAUUCAACUUCUUGAGAAUCUUCUCUUUUAUUUUUAUUGUAUUUAAUCUUCUAAUAUUUUAAUAUUUCUUGAAAGCUUUCAUGUCUCCAGCUCUUAACAUUUUGAAGAUAAACCCCACAUAUAUGGACGGACCAUGACUGUUGAAAUUUGAGCCAUUCCAUUGAUUAUAAUGAGAAAUCAGGUGGAACAAAAGACAAAGCUCAGUUUUGAGGAUGGCAUUUUAGAUGCUGAAUCUGUGUUCAAGAUUUUAUCACACAGCCCUGCCUUAAAUAGAGGCACCAGGUAAUAUGUCUCGGGUCUUUUUAAGUACAAAACCAAUGUGCCUUACUACUCAAAAGAAGCCCCUGUUUCUAUUCACCAAGGUUGCUCCAGGGUGCCCACUGAUGUGUAGUUGAUUUUGGUUUUUCAAGGCCAAUUCAGAAUUUGAAAAGGUUACAUUCUCUUUUUCAAGUUCUUAGGAUUCUUGGGGACUUGGGUGUAAUGAUGCUCUUGCUGAUACUGCGGCUUUGAUUGUUCUGGGAGCUUGUAGAAAAAUCAGUAACAAAUAAAAAUUUGUGAACAAUGUUA